AGCUAGCUAGCUGAACCGUCUCCCUUCCUCCUCCGCCCCGUAUAAACGCCGGAGCAGCACGCGAACGGCACCACCGUCUCGCCAGUCGGCAUCUCCAUUUCCCUCUCGGGCAACCUCCUCGACCUCAUAGCGGAUCCGUGGAACCAGGUCGUGCUGCAUCUUGUGAAUUGGGAGGGAGCUCUGGAUCGGCGUCGCGUCGGCGAUGGGGUCAUUGUCUGCGGUGAGUAAGGAUGCCGUCGUCGUCGGCGACGGAGCGAGGGAGGACCAGCACCGGCUGCGGGCGAUGGCGGCGAGGACGAUGACGGACGCGCUCAGCGCGGCCGUCGCCAGGUCCGGCGCGCCGGAGAAGGCGGCCAGGCUCGAGGAGUGCGCGCGGAGCCUCGAGGCCGAGAAGGCCAAGAUGGAGCUCUUCCGCCGCGAGCUCCCCAUCAGCGUCCACCUCAUCGCCGACGUGAUCCAGUGGCUGAAGGAUGAGCUGGCCCAGCACCGGAAGAGGCCGGCGCCGGACCAGCUGCUCGCCGCGGCACCGUCACCGGCGCCGUCGGCCGAGGGCGUCAAGACGGAGCCGGACGCCACCGACAAGAGGAGCUGGAUGAGCUCCGCGCAGCUCUGGACCUGCGGGAGCCACAGCACCGCAAGCACCAGCAUCAUCAGCAAUGGCGGCAGCGACAGGAAGAAACAGGCCCAAAAGGUGUCUAAUGCGUUCAUGCCACUGAAUGGGUUGCCAUCCUUCCCAAAAUCAUCGGAGAGACCAGAGACGGCAGCCAUGGCAGUCCCAGACUUGUCCCUCUCAUCCCCCGUGAUCGACGCCCCAUGCCCGGGUGGCCCGAGCGCCAACAGCAGCGUAGUCACUGACGCCGGAGAGCAGCAGCGGCAGCAGUCGCGCAAGGCCAGAAGGUGCUGGUCGCCGGAGCUGCACCGCCGCUUUGUCGCCGUGUUACAGCGGCUCGGCGGACCACACGUUGCCACUCCGAAGCAGAUCAGGGACAUGAUGAAGGUGGACGGGUUAACGAAUGAUGAGGUCAAGAGUCAUCUGCAGAAAUACAGGCUACACACGCGGCGAACAUCCGACGGUGAUCGGCAGCAGCAGGCCGCCGGGGUGUGGCCACCGCCAGAGCAGUACACCACGUCGCAGCACAGCACGUCGCAGUCCGGCUCGCCCCAGGGACCCCUGCAGCUCACCGUGUCGAGCCGAGCGGCGUCGGUGACCGCCGGAGACAGCUGCGAUGGCGGGGACGAGGAGGACGGCAAGUCGGCGAGCUACAGCUGGGAGAUGCAGCAGAACGGCACGAAGGCGUCGUCGUCGUCUUGAACACCGCGAUCGUUUGUAGAAUCGGAGAGGCAUGCUGCACUGCUGCAUGUAGGACAACAACAACGCUACUGAGGAUUCAGGAUUGAGGCUUUUUUUUCCUUGUGUAUAGAGGAUGAGAGAUUCAGGGACUGAGAGGUGGGCUUUUUGAGGUGGAAUUUCCUGAAAGUUAACUGAACUAAUCUGUAAUUGAGGUUUUUUAGGGACAUAUGGUGUUAUAGUAAGACAGGUGUUAGAUCGCACUAUAUUGUACUAGUAUGAUCUUUCAGGUGAAAUCAGGUGACGAUUAAUUUAAAUUUAGGACUGGUUGCUUGGUUUGGUACUACAA